UGUGGACUAGCUGACUGUGACCAUCAAAGAGACUAGACAUGGCUUUCUUUCCAGCCCCUGGCUACCAACCUGUGUACAAACCAUCUCUUCCAUACAGAUGUCCAGUGUAUGGGGGUCUCCGACCUGGGAUGUCAAUCUACAUUCAAGGGAUCGUUAAUCACCAUGUUAGCCAUUUCGUUGUGAACUUUUCCUGCGGUCAGUACGAUGGAACGGACAUUGCCUUCCACUUCAACCCACGUUUUGAUGGGAAGGACAAGGUCGUGUUUAACAGCUUCCUAGAAGGUAACUGGGGAGCAGAGGAGAAGAGAAAAGAUCAUUUCCCGUUCCACAAAGGGAAACACUUUGAGAUGGUGGUUUUUGUAAAUCCUGGGAGCUUUCAGGUUAUGGGAGGUCCCCUUUACAAUCCACCUGUACCAUAUUAUGGAAACAUAAUGGGAGGAUUAUCAUCUAAGAGAACUGUGGUCGUCAGAGGAUUCAUCCCAGAAGGAGCGGAAGGGUUCACUUUGAAUUUUAAAGUGGGGUCAUCUGAUGACAUUGUUUUGCACUUUAACCCUCGACUAACUGAGGAUGCCGUAGUGAGAAAUAGCCUGCUGGGAGGUUCCUGGGGAAGUGAGGAGCGAGGGUUGAACUUCAACCCCUUCCGACCUGGGCAGUAUUUUGAUAUUUCUAUCCGCUGCGGCAACAGUCGAUUCAAGAUCUAUGUCAAUGGCGAGCAUUUCUGUGACUUUGCUCACCGAUUCCAGGCCUUCCAGAUGGUCGAUACCCUGGAGGUCAAAGGCGAUGUGAUCCUCUCCUUUGUGCAGAUUUAAAAAAACAAACAUUUCAAUCCAAGCUGAAAAUCCUUUAUGCUUUCACCUCCUAACACCCCAUCACUGAAGGGGGGAAAAAUAAAAACUGUUUAAUGAGUGGC